CAGCUUUCCCUGAGCCGAUCGGGUGCGGAAGGAGCACGGGUGGAAGUUGGCGGAGGAACGGCGCGUUGCGAGCGCGGGGCUGAAAGCACGGGGAAUUCGCUGCAAUUGCGGAGCGGUGACAUCGGUGUGGAGGAGCAGCACCGCAGAACCGAAGCUCCCGUUCCCUCCUGUGUUCGUUUUCCCUAUCCGUGGGAGUGCUGUCCGGAGUCCUGCCCCGUCCUGCACGUGAAGGCUCUGUUCGGGACAGUUCUGGUAAGGCGAGCAGUGCUGCUGUUUGCAGUGGUCCCUGCAGUGCUGGAUGUGGUCAUUUAGAGAGGUAAGGAUGGGAAUAGCAGUGCGCACACACAGCCGGCAAUGCAGGCAGCAGUGGCUGCAGGAAGCGCUGAGCUGUAGCGCGCUGCCCUGGCCUGACCUUUAACCACCAUCACAUCAACCUCUGCUUAUCAGCUUCGUAUCCCUGCUGUGAGCAUCAGUGCACACAAAGGCUCUGUGUGCCUCCAUCACUCGUGCCUGGGAGCACUGUGUGUCCCGUAACUGCUCUCUGCUUGAUGAGCGUUACACUUUGCAGAGAGUUUUGUAGGAGAGCCUGCCAGACCACGGUGAGUUUAUUGCUGUGGUCCCUGUGUUUUGCUUGUGUUGUAUGCACAGAUGCCAGGACAGCCUGCCUUGCUGCAUGCUGAUCCGGGAUGUGCAAGCUGAGCAUAAGGUUUGAUGCUGUCCUAGCACUGAAAUAAAAGCACCAGAAGUAAGAAGACCAAACAACACACAGAGUGAACCGGCCAGGCACAAAGUUCAAACCCUGAGAACAGAGCUGGUGGGAAGGAUGAGAGGUCCCUCCAAGCAUGGGAGCACUGCCAGGAGCAGGGCACAGCGUGCAGGGUGGGAGGAUGUGGGCAUGCCCUCUGCAGUCAGCAGCUCCAGCGGUUGUUCUGGCAUUAAUUUGACACACACCACAUCUCGUCCUAUAAACCCUCCCUGCAAAGUGGCAUGUGGUUCCACUUGUCUCUAUUUGAAGCUCCCUGUGCAGCACAUUAGCAAGUUGGCUUGCUUGAAAAGGACUUUGUCCCGCUCAGAUGGGGCUGCGGUGCAUACCACGAUCCAGUCAAUUGUUUCCAUUUCGGAGCCUUUUUGAGUAUAAUUUGGGAGACGGGGCUGAAAGCUUGCUUGCUUCUUCUGCAGCCCUGCAUUCAUUUUGCAAAGCGACUGUGAUUGAUCUAGCAGAAGGGAAUUCAUUCACCAGCGGAGCUAGAGGGCAGGCGGGGAGGACAAAACCCCACAGCAGCCUCUGAAAUGAAUCAUGGGGUCUGAAAAGAUCCACUGGGGUUAAGGCGUAGCAAUGAAAAGCCAUUGUCUGGAGCCUGAACCGUGGCCAAAAGCAUUAUUUAUCCUGAUUUGGUUAGUGGUUGUAGGAGGGUGUGGUAUUCCCAGGGACUGCAAAGCCAGCGAGCUUAGUGGUGAGUGUGAACUUGGUGUGAUUGCCUCACAGGUACCUUCAGAACCUGUAUGGAGUAACUCAGCUGCGGAGCAGCAAAUCCAACUCCUGACUUGCAAACACAACUGCGUCUCUUGCAUGCAGGGCAAGUUUCCUAUAGGUAUUUUUAUGUUGGUUGGAAGAUGGUCCCCUUUGGCUCAGGUUAAUUUGUGUCACAGAUUUGGGGCAGUGCUUUUGCAGGAUAGAAGAAGAGCUGAUUGGUUUGGCUUGGAAAUACUGCACUGGGUUUCUAUGGUAAGUGGCAUUCAGGUGACAGAUUCAGGCCACAUACAGGUUUAAAGUGAGGGAUACUGGGAAGUGGGGGAUAGGGAGCAGUGAUGGACAACCCAAGUUUCUGCGUUCUGAUGUGCUUUAGUGAGCAUGUUGAGAUACGUGCCCGGACCUUCUCCAGACAAUCUGAUCUCCUGGAGUCUACAGAACUGGCCUUGGAAAGCCUCCCAGUUUCUGUCUGAGCCAACAGAAGGAGCCUUUCACAUGGUCUCUCUGUUUUCUGUCCAGGAUGUAUAGCCAGACGAGAAAGUGAGAAAACGAGAAGAAAUGAUAAGGAGACCUUCCAUUCUCAAAGGCUGGGAUUGAACCCCAGAUCCUGCUUUUGGGGGCUGGGCUUAACCAUCUUCCCUUGUAUCGCAGGCAAUAGAUCAGUCAUCAUGUCAGUCAGCGUCCACGAGAACCGCAAAUCCCGGACGAGCACGGGCUCCAUGAACAUCCUGCUUUUCCACAAAGCUUCCCACCCAGACUGCGUCUUAUCCCACCUGAACACCCUCCGGAAGCACUGCAUGUUCACCGACGUCACCCUUUGGGCAGGAAACAGGUCAUUCCCAUGUCACCGCGCAGUGCUGGCUGCCUCCAGCAGGUAUUUUGAAGCCAUGUUUAGUAAUGGCCUCAGAGAGAGCUUGGAUGACGAGGUGAAUUUUCAUGACAGCCUCCAUCCAGAGGUGCUGGAGCUGCUGCUGGACUUUGCUUACUCCUCUCGGAUCAUCAUCAACGAGGAAAAUGCGGAGUCCCUCCUGGAGGCUGGAGACAUGUUGCAGUUCCACGAUGUCCGAGAUGCAGCAGCUGAGUUUCUGGAGAAGAACCUCUACCCUUCGAACUGCCUGGGCAUGAUGCUGCUCUCUGACGCCCAUCAGUGUCGGCGGCUCUACGAGCUCUCCUGGAGGAUGUGCCUGGUUAACUUUGAGACUGUUCACAAGAGCGAGGACUUCAACAACCUUUCCAAGGACACUCUGUUGGACCUGAUCUCCAGUGACGAGUUGGAGAUUGAGGAUGAGGACAAGGUCUUUAAGGCCGUCCUUCAGUGGGUGAAGUAUGACUUGGAUGAGCGGAAGGCCUAUCUCCCGGAGCUUCUGAGGAAUGUCCGCUUGGCCCUGCUUCCUUCUGAAUGCCUCAAGGAAGCCUUGGCUUGUGAGGACCUGAUCAUGGUGGAUGAAAGGAACAAGCUUGUCCUGGAUGAAGCCAUUCAGUGCAAGAAGAAGAUCCUCCAGAAUGAUGGGAUUGUCACCAGUCCCUGUGCCAGGCCUCGCAAAGCUGGGCACACCUUGCUGAUCCUGGGAGGACAGACCUUCAUGUGUGACAAGAUCUACCAAGUGGAUCAAAAGGCAAAGGAAAUUAUCCCCAAAGCAGACCUGCCAAGCCCACGGAAAGAGUUCAGUGCCUGUGCCAUUGGCUGCAAAGUGUACAUCACCGGUGGCAGGGGCUCAGAGAACGGGGUAUCCAAAGAUGUAUGGGUUUAUGAUACUGUUCAUGAGGAAUGGUCAAAAGCUGCCGCCAUGUUGAUAGCACGGUUUGGGCAUGGCUCAGCUGAGCUGGAAAACUGCCUGUAUGUGGUUGGUGGACACACUGCUGUGGCUGGCGUCUUCCCUGCAUCACCUUCUGUUUCCUUGAAGCAAGUAGAGAAGUAUGAUCCUGCAUCCAACAAAUGGAUGAUGGUGGCUCCUUUGAGAGAUGGUGUGAGCAAUGCUGCGGUGGUAAGCGCCAGGCUGAAACUUUUUGUCUUUGGUGGAACCAGCAUCCACCGAGACAUGGUGUCCAAAGUGCAGUGCUACGAUCCAGUGGAGAAUCGGUGGACAAUCAAGGCGGAAUGCCCACAGCCCUGGCGCUACACUGCAGCCGCAGUCCUGGGCAGCCAGAUUUUCAUCAUGGGAGGAGACACAGAGUUCACGGCAGCAUCUGCCUAUCGCUUUGACUGUGAGACGGAUCAGUGGACACGCAUUGGAGACAUGACAGCCAAGCGCAUGUCAUGCCAUGCCUUGGCCUCCGGAAAUAAACUCUAUGUAGUGGGUGGUUACUUUGGGACUCAGAGGUGCAAAACGCUGGACUGCUACGACCCUACAUCAGACACGUGGAACUGUAUCACAACGGUGCCUUAUUCACUCAUCCCCACAGCUUUUGUCAGCACCUGGAAGCACUUGCCAUCAUGAGAGGCGGGGCUCGAGGGCUUGUUUUCAGAAGCUCAGUAAGAUGCCGGCAUCACAUCCAUGUCCCCUGCUUGCUGCUGGAGCUGACACAGCCACUGAGUUCCCUCCCGUUUCCCACAAAGGGUGCCUAGGAGCCUCUCUCAUCCCUUCCAUCACCACGAGGGCACAAAGGACCUCCUGGCUGGUGGAUACUGGUGGAUACUGGUGGCCCAGUGUGAGCAGGAAGAUGGAGGAUGUACCCCAGGCUGCGUCCCCCAGAGUUACUUCACGGGACAGGAGGGCGGGAUAAGAGUUUUUAAUAUUUUUUUUUAUAGCAGUGAGCUUGCAGUUGGCGAUGCCUGCUGUCUGGGUGAUGUGGAAGCAUUUUUAUAGGGAAAAGGGGCUGGGGAAGUGGGGGAAAGGGAAGGGCUGAACCCAGAACUCAGCACCUGGCUCUCCGGCCGCAGCACAGAGACUGCAGCUGCCAAAAUAUCAGAGCGUGGGAGCUGUGCACAGCUGCCAGCAGCACCCAGUGCCUCGGUGGGACGGGGCAGGUGCCUUUGGUUUUGCACCGUGGAUCUUUUUUGGUGUUUUCCCUCCUUCCCGGUGCUGGGCCUGAGGCCAGGCUGCUCCCGGCACACAGCUGCCAGGCCGCGUGCUGCCAAAAUGGCAUCACUGUGGCGAGAUGCUUCGCCAGAUAAGAACUGCUGCCUGCUCGGAGCUGGGCCUCUGCUUCCCCUCCGUGUGCUCUCUCAACAGUGUGUGGGUGAGGGUGUAAUUAGCAAACGAGCAGGAACACAGGCCUUGCUGCGCGGUGGGGCCUUGUCGGGCCUGCAGAGCAAGCGAGGCCUCUUGCCUCCUUUCCCGCAAAGCGAGGCCAAAGGGAAGAGGCAGCACAGGGCUGGCAUGAGGUUGGGCCUCAGUGCCCCGCAUUUGGGUGAUCUCUGCACUCAGGCUGCACUUAGGGUCACACACAGACCCGCCGCAGGCACCCUGGCCUGCCUUUCUCCCUGCGUGGGGCCAGCUGGGUGAUGCAAUGUGCUGCAAGCCCUCACCAUUGCUUCCAACAGCGAAGGCCUUUUAGGGGCAGCAAGUGCCCUUUGGUGCUGGGAGGAGAACACUUGGUGCACAGCCCUUCUGCAGCACUCUCAAUGACACUUAUUCACAUUUUGUAGGGUUUUGUUGUUGCUGUUUUUUCUCUUCAGCUGCCUGCAAACUUUAAUAAAAAUGAUGAUCUGGGAAACCA